AUCACUAAGCAAAGUAACAAAACAAAAAAAAAGAGUGUAGAAUAUUAUACUCAUAGUACGUACAUAACACCAAAUAUGGCGUACUACUAUUGCAAUUCAAUCAACAAAAUGGUUACAAUUAUUUUUUUUCUCGUGCUAGUAAUUGAUGUGACUAUGGUAUUCGGCCAAGGGACUCGUGUUGGAUUUUAUUCUAGUACGUGUCCAAGAGCCGAAUCCAUCGUUCAAUCAACGGUAAGGUCUCAUUUUCAGUCUGAUCCAACGGUGGCACCAGGAUUGUUGAGAAUGCACUUUCAUGAUUGUUUCGUACAAGGUUGUGACGGUUCCAUCCUCAUUUCUGGUGCUGGCACUGAGAGAACAGCUCUUCCGAAUACCUUGUUGAGAGGAUACGAGGUUAUUGACGAUGCUAAGCAGCAAAUUGAAGCUGUUUGUCCCGGAGUUGUUUCAUGUGCUGACAUUCUUGCUCUUGCUGCUCGUGAUUCCGUUCUCGUGACUAAGGGACUGACCUGGUCUGUUCCCACGGGACGCAGAGAUGGACGAGUUUCAAGAGCAUCAGACGCCUCUAAUCUGCCAGGAUUUACUGAAUCUGUUGAUGCUCAAAAGCAAAAGUUUGCUGCAAAGGGUCUCAACACUCAAGAUCUUGUCACCCUUGUUGGUGGGCACACAAUUGGAACCUCAGCAUGCCAAUUCUUCAGCUACAGGCUAUACAAUUUCAACUCCACUGGUGCCCCUGACCCUUCAAUAGAUUCAACCUUUCUUCCUCAGCUCCAAGCAUUAUGUCCACAAAACGGGGAUGGCUCAAAGCGUGUGGCACUAGACACUGGAAGCGUGAACAAUUUUGACACCUCGUAUUUCUCUAACUUGAGGAAUGGUCGCGGAAUUCUGGAAUCAGACCAGAAAUUGUGGACCGAUGCUUCGACUAAGGUGUUUGUCCAAAGGUAUUUAGGCCUCAGGGGAUUUCUUGGAUUGAGAUUCGGCUUGGAAUUUGGAAGGUCCAUGGUUAAAAUGAGCAAUAUUGAAGUUUUGACAGGGACUAACGGUGAAAUUCGUAAAGUUUGCUCUGCAUUCAACUGAUGCAUAUAUGUAUACUAAUCAGUUUCGUUCAGUUAGCGCAAGCUGCAAGAUGAAAUUGUUAGUAGUAUCCAAUAUCAAUAAAUAAAAAUAUUUACCCAGUGAA